GUUUCGGGGGUACCGGGCGGGGGAGUCUCGAGCCAGAGGGGAGGGGGCGGCGGGUUUUCAUGUGCCCAGCAUGAGCUCCUACUUCGUCAACCCCCUGUUCUCCAAAUACAAAGGCGGCGAGUCCCUGGAACCGGCCUAUUACGACUGCCGGUUCCCCCAGAGCGUGGGCAGGAGCCAUGCGCUGGUGUACGGGCCCGGCGGCUCGGCGCCCGGCUUCCAGCACGCCUCGCACCACGUCCAAGACUUCUUCCACCACGGCACCUCGGGCAUCUCCAACUCGGGCUACCAGCAGAACCCGUGCUCGCUGAGCUGCCACGGAGACGCCUCCAAAUUCUAUGGCUACGAGGCGCUCCCCAGACAGUCCCUUUAUGGGGCUCAGCAAGAGGCGAGCGUGGUGCAAUAUCCCGACUGUAAAUCCUCCGCCAACACUAACAGUAGCGAAGGACAAGGCCACUUAAAUCAAAACUCGUCUCCCAGCCUCAUGUUUCCAUGGAUGAGACCCCACGCUCCCGGGCGGCGCAGCGGAAGGCAAACUUACAGCCGGUAUCAGACCUUGGAACUAGAAAAGGAGUUUCUCUUUAAUCCUUAUUUGACACGAAAGCGCCGGAUUGAAGUCUCUCACGCCCUGGGACUGACUGAGAGACAAGUGAAGAUCUGGUUCCAAAACCGAAGGAUGAAGUGGAAAAAGGAGAACAACAAGGAUAAACUGCCCGGAGCCCGAGAUGAGGAGAAGGUGGAGGAAGAAGGAAACGAGGAAGAGGAGAAAGAAGAGGAGGAAAAGGAAGAAAACAAGGACUAAGCAAAAAAGAGAGACCCCCCCACACACACCCCUUUAGCAACUCCCUUGAAGUUUCGUUUUAUGGUAGCGGAUAAAUUGAGAAGUUUACGACUGUCAUUUGCUUUUAUAGAGAAUAGAAUGACACUCACAACUCUAACUACCUGUCAGAUACUUGCAGUUCUGGUUUUAUUACCUUUGGACUUCCCCCAUCUUUAUUUGUUGGGGGGCUGGAGGGGGGAGACUGAGACACAGCGGAAAGUUCGGAAUCUCUGUCUCAGUCCUUGCCCGGACACACACACACACUUGUCCCUACCCCCACCCUUCAGAGACCAGCCAGGAUUGUAAGGUCUGAGACCUGCCCUCUUUGCCCCCUCUCGCCCCUUCUUGCCACACUCCCACCUCCCUGCUCCUUUGGUAUUUAUUUUAGAGGGGAGCCCCCCUUAAAAUCAAGAAGACUCAUGGCUUUGUGUUUAUGCUAGGAUUAGACUAUUAGAUUUACUUCUUUUCAAAGGAAAGAAGGAAGGAAGGAAAGGAAAAGGGGAAAUGUUUAAAGAAAUAAAA